CUUUCCCUUACCACUUUCUCUCUCUGUCUCUUUCUGACUUAUAGAACCGAUAACAACAGCAGCACGGAAUUGGCGCGUGAGAACCUCUUCCAGCCCAACAUGGACGAUGCCAAGCCAAUGAACAACAACAACAACAACAGCAUCACAAACAACAACAACAACAACAAUAAGCCUUACGGUGAUGCUAACGGCGCACGCACCAUUUGCUCCAUUGAGAAUCAUCAAUCGUCGCAGUUGCUGCGUCACGGUGCCACGCCCCCAGCCGCUAACAGCAACACAAUGUCCUCUUCCAAUUCCACCUCUGCCUCUGCCUCCGCCUCCGCCUCUGCUUCCGUCUCCUCCUCCUCCUCAUCGUCCUCGAUUAUGGCCGCUGCUGCUGCAGCCGCACGCAAGCGCCAUCUAUCGAACAGCAAUCUGGUUAACGAUCUGGAGAUACUCGACCGUGAGCUGAGCGCGAUCAAUGCACCAAUGCCACUCAUAGAUCCAGAGAUAACCCAGGGCGCCGAGCAGUUGGAGCGGGCAGCGCUGUCGGCAUCGAGGAAGCGCAUGCGCAGCAACAGCGAGGACGAGAGCGAUCGGCUGGUGCGCGAGGCGCUCUCUCAGUUCUAUAUACCGCCGCAGCGGCUCAUCUCGGCCAUCGAGGACUGCCCGUUGGAUGUUGUGGGGCUCGGCGCCGGCGCCGGCGUCGGCAGCAACAGCGAUCAAAUUGGCAUCUCCGGCAGCAACAGCCAUAAGCGCGUCAAGCUGACCACCAGCAGCUGUGUCGGCUGUGGUGGGGUCAGUGCCAGUGGCGUUGGCGUUGGCGUUGGCGGUGGUGUUUGUGGUCCGGCUGAUCACAUUGAGCUGGUCAACUUCGAUAUGAAUCAGAAUCAAAAGGACUUCGAGGUCAUCAUGGACGCACUGCGUCUGGGCACGCCCACACAGCCGAGCAGCGGCAGCGACUCGUGCGGCCAGGCGGCCAUGAUGAGCGAAUCGGCGAGCGUCUUUCAUAAUCUGGUUGUCACCUCGCUGGAGACAUGAAAGUAUCAGUAAGGGAUGCUGGAUAAACCCCAACCAACAAAAACAACAACAA